AUGGGCUGGUUCUCUUCCGACAAGACCGAAUCGCCUCAGAUGGAACCCUCAAAAGAUGGCGGAUACAUUGCGCCUGAUCGAACUGCAAGAGCACAGUGCUGGGAAGGACGAGACAACUUCUUCAAAUGCUUGGACCAGCAUGGGAUCAUCGACUCAGUGAAGGAGGAUGAAAAGGCACGGAAACUGUGUGCGCCGGAAUUGAAAGAGUUUGAGAAAGUCUGCCAAGGCAGUUGGCCAGCAGCACCGGCUACCGAGGUGCAGAGAUUGGCGCAGCAGUUCCAAGUACGACAUGGCGAUCCAGGUGCACGCUACCCGGAUUACACCUCCAGUUAUUCCUUAUUCAAGGGCCAGUGGGUAGAUGAUGACCUUGGAGGUCGAGCAGCUGCGCGAGCGGCAUAUCAAGCUGCAAUUGAGGGCAGUCGUCGGGCUACCGAUCCUAAGUUCAACACGCAUGAUUUGAACAAUGACUCGUUCGCCAAUGCCGAUCUUGCAGCUCUGGGCAACGCCCCCACGGCCACAGCAGAGGAUGGAGGUAGGACUGCGACUGGCCGCCGAAGGGGACGAGGCGGCUGGAAGAAGCUACUCAAGGACACCGAACACGAGAAUCUGGGAGCCGGCAACAAACAGCCUCGUCGAGGUCGGGGUCGGGGGGGUCAACGCGGUGGACGAGGUGGACGAGGAGGACGACGGAAGAAGCCAGCGGAUCCCGGGCCGGAGUUCAGGACGUACAUGGCCAAAGCGAACAGAGCGAAGCUGGAUGGCAAUAUCGACGCAGCACUCGACUUUGCUCGGCAAGCCGUUGGCGCCAAUCCUGAGGUCUACCAAGCUCACGUGCUGUUGUCUGAGAUUUUCAAAGAUCGUGGUGACCUUGAGCUGAGCGUUCACACGCUGUGGGUUGGAGCUCAGUCUGCUCGUACUCCCGAGGCUUGGUCUAUGACAUCCGAUCGUAUUCUCGAGCUCGGCGGUGAGGAUCGAACAUGGGCUCGCCUCAAGAGUGCUGUUGAUUGUUUGUCGGAGGCAUUGAAAUUGCACACGCCCCUCAAGUACGAUAAGAACCUCGAGCACGAAGUGCGCGCUAAGAAGUUUGAGCUCCACAAGGAGUUGAAUGACUCGAGAGGCGCGCGCAUGGAUUGCAAGAACAUAUUGAAGCACUGGCCCAAGAAGACCUACUAUCUGCAUGAGUACGCUCGGCUGUGUGCAGCGUGGGGAGACGAAUCCGAACUCGCCAAGGCCAAAGAGGCAUACGACCAUGCCUUUAACCUGUAUAGAGAUGAAGAGCAGUUUGGUGAGGUUGGAGUGGAUCCACUGGAUCAAUGGAGUCACCUGAACAUCUAUCUGGAAGUGGUCCAUGACCUGAAUGUGCCUUGGGAGGGUAUUGCAACCGCAAAACGUCUAGCGCGAUGGUUCCUUGGUCGCAAAGCAGAGACAUUCUGGGACAGAUUCAAGGACGACGAUCGCGAGUUUGACGAGAACAACGAGCGACGCAACUUUGUAGGUGAAUUUCAGAUGGGCAGGGCAAGCCGAGACAUGGACAGAUAUGGGACUGGUAUGCCCAUUGAAAUCAAGGUCAGAUUGGGCUUGCUGAGGAUCAAAUGCGGUAUGCACUGCUACGAAGAGGGGCUCAGGCACUUUAGGUCGCUGUUGAGCUACCGAGACUGGAUCAAAGACUACUAUGAACCAUUUCAGCAAGUAGCUGCUUGCCUGCGAAAGGCUGGUUUCAUGAAAGAGGCCGCCGAGUACUACGACUGCCUCCGCAAGAUUGGAGAUGAAGACGACGAUCGUGACGAGCUUUUGGACGACAACACCUGGAUCACGAUCGCCACCUGUUAUCAAGCGCUCGAGCGAACAGAGGAUGCCAUCGCCGUCUACGAAUUGGUGCGUUUGCGCAAAGGCAACGGCUACACGAAAGUAUGCGCGAAGCUUGCAAAGUUGUACGAAGAUAAAGGCGAGACCGACAAGGCUCGCUUCCUCUGCAAUGAGCUGAUCUUCCUCAAUCGGCGCGACCUUCUUACAGAUGCCGGUGUGCAGAUGGUACCUCCAUCCGCCAAAGUUCUUCCACCACCCAUCAAAAUCGUGAGGCCUGAUAUGUCCAAGGUUUUCCCGCUUCUCCGACCGAAGCCGGUCGUGCCUUUGCGAGAGUUGAGACCCAAUGGCGUUCCAAACGUUCUGCCUGGUGGGAAAGGGACGUUCUCCGACUUCAAUCUCGGAGGACCUGUGUCAGCACCCGUCACUCUGCUUCCUGCCCCAGCGGAUGUGCCAGAGCCAACACCACCACCUCCGGAGACGUCGAAGAAGCGCAAGCAUGGUGGACGACGGAAGAAGAGCAUCUUGCAGACCAUUGUUGGAGAUGUCGAGGACCCGGAGGCCGCUCAAGUGGAUGAGCCUCUCAUCAAGAGACCAAAAUUGAUGAAGCCAAUCAAACCGAAAGUGCCGUCGAGAAAGGAGCUACGCAGUCAGGAGAUUCAAGAUGCAGAGACGAGGGUUCUUGCAUACUACGAUACUGUCAAGAUGCACUGGGAUGCACUGAAGGAUGACAAAGACGAAGAGACGAUCGAGCAGUGGGUCGAGGCUGCUAACAAUAUGCUGGAUGAUUUCACCUCGAUGAGGGUGUUCUUCCCCGAACGAGACAAGGCCAUCAAACUCAAGGGCGGCACAGACCCUGGCCAACCGUUCACGAAGGAGUCAAGACGCUCAACAGCCAGUGCACCAGAUGCUUUCCUGAGCAUUCCAUUCACCGAGUGGCAUCACGUUUUCGUGGACCUCGCGAUCAUAUACGCCAACAGCGGCGAACAAGAUCGGUGCUACAGAAUCGUUAAGGACGUUCUGUUUGGCGCUAAUGUAUUCUUCCAAGACGACAACAUCCAGUGGACCAGUUAUGCUGUGGGCCUGUAUUGUGGAUUUACAUUCAACGACAGCGAGUAUCUCAUCGGGCUGGCACGUCAAAUCGUCGUCAAGAAUAACUUUCGGGGCGGUAUGGCGUUCCAGUUGUUGGCGGCCGUCAAUCGCUUCGCAUUCGGCAACAACUGGUUCUCGGCUGGUCCAACGCAGAAGUUUAUGCUGCGGAUGGUCAAGCAGUUCGAUUUCAUGGUGAUGCCACAGGAAGUCCGCGACAAACACGACUGGUCCAUCCACAAAAACGCCCUGACGGACCGGUUGAAGAAACUCGCUCACGAAAAGCCCGAGCUCGACGCAGGAAUCCUGCUCAUGUACGGGCACAUGGUCGCCGUGGCCAACCACUCACACAGCGCCCUUCCAUACUACUAUCGCGCCCUAGCCCUGCAGCCCGAGAACAUCUGCGUCAACCUCAGCAUCGCCGUCAUGUGGAUUCAGAACUCGAUGAAACGCCAGACCGAAAACCGCCAGUUCGGCAUCACCCAAGGCCUCACGUUCCUCUACCGCUACUAUGACCUGCGUGUCGCAAGUGGCAAAGUCUGUCAUCUCCAGGAAGCUGAGUACAACGUUGCGAGGACGUGGCAUCAGCUGGGGCUAACGCAUCUCGCUCUCCCAGCGUAUGAGAGAGUCCUAGGCCUUAGUGAAGAGGUGAACAAGGAGAGGUUGGACAGUAUGGAAAAUGGCGAAGAGACUGGAGAGGUUGAUGGUGAGGACUAUGCCACUGAGGCGGCGUACGCGGUGCAAAAUAUCUAUGCGGUCGCGGGGAACAUGGAGGCUGCGAGGAGGGUUACGGAGCAGUGGUUGGUGAUUUGA